AUGAGUGAAAUGAACGUUGUCGUUGCGGGCUUUUGCGCGAGAGAUGAAGCUGCUUCUUCCAGAUGUAGAAAAAGCUGGCUUCUUGGUAUGUCUUGGAGGGGGGGCGACAAGAGGCUGUCCCGGUAUGGGUGCAUGCAGUGCAGGAAUUUUCGGGCCAAAGAUGGAGAAACAGUCCGAUGCUCUCACUGCCUCAGUCGCAGUCGCAGUGUAGCCAGUCGAUAUAAAUCGCCAUCAGCGCGACUUCAUCCCAGCAAAAGACUCCCUUCAUCAUCAUCUUCGCCAUCUACUCCAUCAUCUAACACAUUAACUCCCAUUGCCGGCCCAAACACUAUCACUCAACUCAUGAACCGGUUCAACUUCACACCCCCGGCCGGGAAAUUAAGCCUCGAAGACCUAGAGCUAGUGAUACAAUGGUGCACGUCGACAUAUUGCUCCAUCUCACGCAACAGCGCUGUCGAACGGAUAUGGCAGACUGUCGUGCCUCGGGAGGCUAUGAAACAUCCGUUCUUGUUGCAUGGCCUCCUUGCACUAUCUGCACUUCACAUCGCCUUUAACAAUGAAGGGGAUGAAAGAGACCAUUAUUCCAAAAUUGCACAGAGUCAUCAGAUUCAGUCCCUUGCCAGCCUCAAACAUACAGCCGGAUGCGUAAACCGGACCAACUGUGAAGCUGUAUUUGCAGUUUCCAAUAUCGUCACAGCCUCUUUCUUUGCCCUUCCCUCCUUGAGGGGACCUGUUCCGGGUGGAUCUGCGAUAGACGACCUCUGCGAGGUCUUCCAGUCCACACGAGAGUCAAUGAAUCUAUUGACAGAAGCAGCACAAUGGGUGGAAGAUACCGAGCUUCGCCCAUUAGUCAAAAGCACCCCCACAAUGCCAAACACAUCCCGACUGGCAAUUCUCUGCCUGCAACGAUUAAACAUGACUCUAGCCAGUCGUGACCCACAACACGAGAAAGACGUCUAUGACAUCGCUCUGCAGCAUCUCGCUUCUUCACUAGAGACACUCGCACAAGGAGGCGAGGCCACGCCCGUCGCAUUCCUGUGGAUAUUGCGCAUCCCGUCUCGAUUCAUCGAACUCCUAAGAGAACGACAGCCAUUUGCGCUGGUUAUUCUCGCCCACUACGCCGUGACCAUCCACUCGAUGCGAGGUCAUUGGUGGAUGGGAGACUUGGGGGAGAGAGUACUCCACGAAAUCGGCCUGCACUUGAAUGCUGAAUGGAGACAGUCGAUUGACUGGGUCAUCGAUGCAACGGGUUGCUAUAUCCCGACUCCAGCUAUUCAAAACAGCCAAUCGGUGUUGUUGUGA